AGCUGCAUCUUUGCCUGCUGACCCCACCCCUGCCUAUCCUAUUUCCUGGGGUGUGAUGGUAGCAGAGGACUAUGAGCUUGAACUUCCUGCCUGAAUUCCAGCUUCUCCGCCUGCCUCUAGCCAUGAAUGUUGCUCUUUCCUUCCCAUGAUCUGUUGAAGAAAAGCCCUGGAAAAGCACAACUGAUCAUUUGUGGCAACACGAGUUUAGUGGAAGUAACCAGAGGGGCCUCCCCCAGUGGGUUCUAGAAGGUGAAGGAUGGCUAAAUCCUUCUUUGUUCCUGUCCCCUAGUCCUCUGACACCUCUUUCCCUGCCCUCCCUAGGGGUAGAUCCAAGGUAGAGAAGGCUGGCUGACCUCUAGGUUUUCUCAAGCAUCUUUUAUGGAGACCCUCUGGCAGGAUGUAUGUCUGGUUCUGCAGUCGAGGGCAUGGCCAGCUGAGUGGCUGGCCGCAGAGUAUCUCUGGAACCCAAUGGCCAAGCAUCCAUUUGUUGUAGAGUUGCUUUGAAACCUUUCCUGGCAUUUUCUAGCUGUGUGGCCUUGGUCAGUUCAUAGUUUCUCUGAGUUUCAAGUGUCUCAUCUGUACAAGAGGGGUGAUUAGGCCGGGCACAAUGACUCACGCCUAAAAUCCCAGCACUUUGGGAGGCUGAGGUGAGUGAAUCACCUGAGAUCAAGAGUUUCAGACUAGCCUGGCCAACAUGGAAAAACCCAUCUCUAUUAAAAAUACAAAAAUUAGCAAGGCGUGGUUGUGCCCACAUGUAAUCCCAGCCACAUGGGAGGCUGAGGCAUGAGAAUCACUUGAGCUUGUGGCAAGGAGGUUGCAGUGAGCUGACACUGCACCAUUGCACUCCAGCCUGGGUGACAGAGACACUGUCUCAAAAAAAAAAAAGAUGACUACUCCCUCAUGCUGUCUGCUUGUGAUCAUCGAGAGGGAAUAGGCAUGGUCAAAGAAAGUAACGUACUACUGGGCACAGUGCCUGGCACAUUUGGAGGGUGCAAAUGUGUUAUUUUUGUAGAAGUUUCUGUACCAUUUGGCCCCUACCAAUUUCUUGCCACUUUAUCCAGUUUUCUUGGCCUUUGCCUGCAAUUUGCCCUCUCCUGUCCUGAGCCACCAACCUUUGUCUUUCAAGAUAGGUAGCAGCGCACCUGCUGAGAAGCCCAUUCACAUUCUUUUUUUUUUUUUUUAGUGUCUGUUGCCAUCCUGGAGUGCAGUGGUGUGGAUCUCGGCUCACUGCAACUUCCGCCUCCCAGGUUCAAGCUAUUUUUUUUUGUAUUUUUAGUAGAGAUGGGGUUUCACCAUGUUGGCCAGGCUAGUCUCGAACUCCUGGUCUCAGGUGUUUCACCCACCUCAGCCUCCCAAAGUGCUGGGAUUACAGGCAUGAGCCACCACACCCGGCAGGACAUUCUCACUUCUAUCUAAAAAUUUCCUCAGUAACUACUACAGAUAAACUGCAUGACACAGGUUUGAUGCCUGACUUAUUUGUGCAUCUGUAAUAUCAACAUCCCCACCAAGGCUUGCAAGGCUUUUAGUAAACCCCUAAUAAUGUUGGGUGAACAAAGGAGAGUACAUGUAUGCUUUUUUGGUGUUGUCUGUGUGACUGGCGAGUCCAAGUCUUCAUGUACAGUUCACCGAGUGUCUCCAGUUGUGUGUGUGAUGAGGGCUUGUUUCCAGGUGUGUCAGAUGGUGACUGAGUGUGGGACUCUGAGAGUUUGUGUCUAAAUCCAAGAUGCGUGCAUGCCUGUGUGGGUCUGUCUGUGACAGGGCAUCUGUUGUUUCUGUCUGAUGGGGUAGAUGUCCGUUUGUGUUCCUGCAACAGAUUCUGGAUAGCUAUUUUUGGACAGUUUGUUCCAUUGAUAAGCUGCAUGUAUGAUGGUGUAUGUGUGUCUGUGCCUGAACAGGUCUAUCCAUGCCUGUUUUUGUAACACUGUCACGAAAUGCGGCUCUGUCACAUCAGUACAUGUCUGCCUUCAGAGCAGUGCACGUGUGUCUCGGGAGCAUCUGUGUAUCUUCCUGUGACAGACUCUGUGUCUCAUUUCUGGGACAGUACAAGUCUUGCUGUGAUAGUGCAUGUCUGAUGGUGCCAGCGUUUGUGACAAGUUCUGUCAGUGUGUUUGAGGGGACAUUUCUGUGUCAUCACAUGGCCAGUGUAGGUCUGCAUGAAUGCCUUUCUGUAACUGUGUCUCUGGGUGUCAUUCUGGGACGUAACUAUUUUUCUAACAGUGUGCCUGCCUGAAAGUGUAUGGUCAAUCUAUGUAUCAUAGCGCAUGGCUGCAUGUGUAUCUAGGUCGUUUCCGUGAAUAUGACAGUAUGUUUGUGUAUAUCUUGGCGUUCAUGUGUCUUGGGAGUGCAUUUUUCUUCCUGAGGUGUGGCACCUUCUCUGGCUGUUUUUCACAAAUUUGUGUACUAGAGUUGCCACUUCUCUAGCAGCCUCUAUCAUGUCUCUCAGCCCUUGCCUCUCUCAACUCCAAGUGCAGCCCAAUGCCACCACCACCCUGGGCUCACCCCCAUCCCCCAAGAACCACCCCCUGCUGUUCUAGAUUCUAGACCUGCUGACUGGGCUCAGGGCUCCGGGUUAAAAACUCCAAUAAACACUCCGCAGCAGUCUUAAGCCAUGGGAAAUGUUGCCUGUGACCAAUGCACACCCGUGUUGGUGAUGGCGGGGUUUCCCCCUCCCUGGCUACCAGAUUUUUCUAGGGCCCUGGUUUCAGCUUUCCAGUGAAGGCCACCAGUCUCCUGGAGGACUUCGGUGAAGGAUGGCAAGCGCCUUUCGAGACGGGGUCCUGGAUAGCCACAGGCUCGAAUUCUUAAAAGCCCGGCUGGCGCUAUCUCUGUGCUAAUUUCGAGGCAGCGGCGGCAAACCAACUUCCCGGGAAAGGAUACUGCGCAGUUAUUUUUUAAGUGUAAAUACACACACCACCACCACUACCAGCAACAACCAAAACAAGCGCGGUUGCUGCAAAAGGAUUCCCAGAACCGGUUUCCUCUUGGUGUGAGUCCCACCUCGAGCCCCUUCAUUUACGUGCAGGCCCCGCCUCCUCGGAAGAACGAGCGUGUAUUUGCAUAAGGGGGCAUUUGAAAUGAAGAGGGUGGUAUGCAAAUAAGAACUGGCUCCGAUUGGCUGUGGUACAGCAGGUGCCGCGUCCGGAUUGAUCAAAGCCAGGUGGGCGGGGCUGUCGCCCAGGGUGACUCUCCCGGGAGGCGCGUGCCCCGGCUCAGUAGCUUUGGGGCUGGCGCGCGCGGCGAAUCUUAAGGCUGCGCCGUCUGCGGGCGCUUCCGGGCCACCAGUUUCUCUGUCUUCCACCCUGGCGCCCCCCAGCCCUGGCUCCCCAGCUGCGCUGCCCCGGGCGUCCACGCCCUGCGGGCUUAGCGGGUUCAGCGGGCUCAAUCUGCGCGGUGCAUCCUCCAUGUUGACCAAGCCUCUGCAGGGGCCUCCCGCGCCCCCGGUGACCCCCACGCCGCCGCCAGGAGGCAAGGAUCGGGAAGCGUUCGAGGCCGAGUACCGACUCGGCCCCCUCCUGGGUAAGGGGGGCUUUGGCACCGUCUUCGCAGGACACCGCGUCACAGAUCGACUCCAGGUGGCCAUCAAAGUGAUUCCCCGGAAUCGUGUGCUGGCCUGGUCCCCCUUGUCAGACUCAGUCACAUGCCCACUCGAAGUGGCACUGCUAUGGAAAGUGGGUGCAGGUGGUGGGCACCCUGGCGUGAUCCGCCUGCUUGACUGGUUUGAGACACAAGAGGGCUUCAUGCUGGUCCUCGAGCGGCCUUUGCCCGCCCAGGAUCUCUUUGACUAUAUCACAGAGAAGGGCCCGCUGGGUGAAGGCCCAAGCCGCUGCUUCUUUGGCCAAGUAGUGGCAGCCAUCCAGCACUGCCAUGCCCGUGGAGUUGUCCAUCGUGACAUCAAGGAUGAGAACAUCCUGAUAGACCUACGCCGUGGCUGUGCCAAACUCAUUGAUUUUGGUUCUGGUGCCCUGCUUCAUGAUGAACCCUACACUGACUUUGAUGGGACAAGGGUGUACAGCCCCCCAGAGUGGAUCUCUCGACACCAGUACCAUGCACUCCCAGCCACUGUCUGGUCACUUGGUAUCCUCCUCUAUGACAUGGUGUGUGGGGACAUUCCCUUCGAGAGGGACCAGGAAAUUCUGGAAGCUGAGCUUCACUUCCCUGCCCAUGUCUCCCCAGACUGCUGUGCCCUAAUCCGCCGGUGCCUGGCCCCCAAACCUUCUUCCCGACCCUCACUGGAGGAGAUCCUGCUGGACCCCUGGAUGCAAAUGCCAGCCGAGGAUGCACCCCUCAACCCCCCAAAAGGAGGGCCCACCCCUUUGGCCUGGUCUUUGCUACCCUAAGCCUGGCCUGGCCCCCAAUGGUGGGAAGAGCCAUCCCAUGGCCAUGUCACAGGGAUAGAUGGACAUUUGUUGACUUGGUUUUACAGGUCAUUACCGGUCAUUAAAGUCCAGUAUUACUGAGGUAAGGGAUUGAGGAUCAGGGGUUAGAAGACAUAAGCCAAGUCUGCCCAGUUCCCUUCCCAAUCCUACAAAGAAGCUUUCUUCCAGAACCUGUGGUCCCUGAUUCUGGAGGGGGAACUUCUUGUUUCUAAUUUUGCUAACGAUGUUUUAUUUCGGGUGAAGUCCCCAUUCUGAGCCCCGGGACUCAUUCUGAUGACAUGUCACCCCUACAUUGGCACCUCCUCCUACCAUCACACAAACUUCCUUCAUAUGCUCUUACUUGGGCAAGGGUGCUUUCCUUCCAAUACCCCAGUAGCUUUUAUUUUAGCAAAGGGACCCUUUCCCCUGGCCUAGGGUCCCAUAUUGGGUCAAGCUGCUUACCCUGCCUCAGCCCGGGAUUCCUUAUUCUGGGGGAGGUAAUCCACUGUUUUUACUCCAAGGCUUUUUUUUUUUUUUUUUUUUUUUUUUUUUUUUUUGGUGAGGUGAUCCUAUUCUGUUAUCCGAAGUGCUCUUAUUCUGGUGAGAAGAACCUUACUUCCGAAUUUGGGAAAGAAUGGGAGAUGGACACCACCGGACCCCACCAGACACUAGGAUGGGAUGGAUGGUUUUUUGGGGGAUGGGCUAGGGGAAAUAAGGCUUGCUGUUUGUUCUCCUGGGGCGCCCCCUCCAACUUUAGCAGAUUUCUUGCAACCUUCUCCUGAGCCGGGAUUGUCCAAUUGCUAAAAUGUAAAUAAUCACGUAUUGUGGGGAGGGGAGUCCCAAGUGUGCUCUCCUCUCUUCUCCCCCUGCCUGGAUUAUUUAAAAAGCCAUGUGUGGAAACCCACUAUUUAAUAAAAGUAAUAGAAUUAGAA